GUUUAUGAGUGGACAACGAAACCCUUAACAUUUCUGCUGGACUCACUCAGACUCAAGCACUUGAAAAGAAGAAGACAAAACCCUUAAAAAGGAAUAUGACUUGUGUUGCUGGUAGUAGCACUCCCACGGCUGAGGAUGAUAUUUCCCCGCUUUGGAAGUAUGUAACGAAAAUAGACAAGAUAGGUGUAGGGGGAGGGAAUUGUAAAUUCCAAUGCAAUUAUUGUCAGUUGAUUUUUAAAGGGUCGUAUACUAGGGUUAAGUCUCACUUGCUAAAAAUACCGGGUCAAGGAAUUCGGGGAUGCUCCAAAGUGACACCUCAAGAUAUUCGAGAAAUGCAAAGAGUGGUUGUGGAUCAAGCUGAACCGAAGGUUAGAAAAAAUCCCCUUGAACUGGUUCCUUUGCUACUGCCGCCGCCGCCGCCACCACCACCACCACCACCGCCGCCGCCGCCGCCCCCUUUUAAUGCAACCUCAUGGUCUUCUAGUGCUUGUUCUGGCAUUGGGGCAUCUGCCAUUGGUUCAUCUAGGCAGGAGAGUUUAGAGCCAAAGAAAAGAAAGGCCGCAGAAUGUGCAAUUGUAGGGAAAUCGUCGACACUUGAUGCUAAGGAACACUUAGAUGCUAUGAUUUCCAAGAUGUUCUAUUCAGAGGGCUUGCCGUUUCAAUUUGCUCAAAAUCCAUACUACAUAAGCGCAUAUUCUUUUGCUGCUGAAAAUCUAAUCAGUAAUUAUUGUCCCCCUGAUAUCAAUAUGUUGAAGACAACACUUCUUCAAAAAGAGAAAGCAAAUAUUGAGAGGUUGUUGGAACGCAUCAAAAACACAUGGAAGGAGAAGGGUGUAAGUAUUAUAAUUGGUGGAUGGGCUGAUGAACAAGAGCAACCGUUUGUAAGUUUAAUGGCAGUAACUGAAGAUUGGCCAAUUUUUUUGAGAGCCAUUAACUGCGAAGGUAAAUAUGAAGAUGAAAAUUUUCUUGCUGUUGUGAUUAUGGAGACCAUUGCUGAGGUCGGACCCCAAAAUGUGGUUCAAGUGAUAACAAACAAUGCCCCUGUUUGUAGGGCUGCUGGAAUGCUUGUUGAGGCCCAAUAUCCACACAUUUUUUGGACACCGUGUGUGGUUGAAAGCAUCAAUCUUGUUAUAAAAAAUAUAUGUGAAGCAAAAGACACAGAGGCUAAAGAUGUUACAUAUGAUGAAUGUAGGUGGAUUACAACUAUUAUUGCAGAUGCUAUGGUAGUAAAAAAUUUCAUUAUGCAUCACUCAAUGAGAACAGUCAUCUUUGAACUGUUUGCUAAUUUGAAGAUGCUUGCAAUAGCAGAUACACGCUUGGCCACAAUGAUUGUCUUGCUCAAAAGGUUUAAACUCAUUAAAAGCGACCUUGAGAACAUGGUUAAUAGUGAUAGAUGGGCUUGUCUGGAAGUUGAUAAUGUUCAAAAGGCACAAUUUGUGAAGGAAAAAGUAUUAGAUCACUUAUGGUGGGAAAAGAUUGAUUACAUACUUUCAUUUAUGGAUCCCAUAUAUCAAAUGCUAAGGGUUGCUAUUGCAGAGAAGCCAUCUCUUCAUUGUGUAUAUGAUAUGUGGGACUCGACAAUUGAAAGAGUAAAUGUGGCUAUAUAUCAACAUGAAGGGACACAGGAAGAUGAGGAUUCAACCUUUUAUUCCGUAGUGCACAAAAUAUUAGUUGAUGGGUGGGACAAAAGUCACACACCUCUUCAUUGCUUGGCACAUUCAUUGAACCCAAGGUACUAUAGCAGAAUGUGGCUUGAUGAGGCUCCUAACCGUGUUGCACCCCAUAGGGAUGCAGAAAUUUCUCGUGAAAGGAACAAAUGUAUGAAAAGAUAUUUUCCAGAUAUUGAGGAGCGAACAAAGGUCAAUACUGAGUUUGCAAAGUUUGCAGCUAAGUAUGAUAAGUUUGGAGAUCAUGAUUCCUCGCAUGAUAGAGGAAUCAUGGAUCCAAAGAUUUGGUGGAUUGUCCAUGGGUCUUCAGUGCCCAAACUACAAAGUUUAGCCAUAAAACUACUUGGACAACCUUGUUCCUUAUCUUGCUGUGAGAGGAAUUGGAGUACAUACUCGUUUAUAAAUUCGAUCAAGAGGGACAAUUUAAAUCCAAAAUUUGCUGAAGAUUUACUAUUUGUGCGUACCAAUCUUCGUCUCUUGUCAAGAAGAAGUCCACAAUACAUGCAAGGAGAGAACAAAAUGUGGGAUGUGGGAGGAGAUGCUUUUGAAUCAUUCGAGGGUGCUGGCAUGCUUGAGACUGCAUGUCUUUCACUUGAUGAACCAGAGUUGGAGGCUGAAGUAUUUGCCGAUGCAAGAAAUGGCUAUGAUGUUGAGCCUAUUAAAGUGGGGUCGAAUGGAAGAAAAUUUUAGUUUUAAUUUUUAUGAUCUGUUUUCCUUGAUUGAAUGAUGGAUAGUGAAUUUAUGAUAGUGAUAUCUUUAUAUGGAGUUAGAUACUUUAAUGGGGUCAAGUACUGUUCUGUAUUAUAAUGGUUUUUAGAUGCAAUUAAUUUUGAUUUAUUCGUUCAUGUAUUUCAUUUUGCGCCUUCUGCUGUUUAUUGCUUUAGGUAUGUAUGAUUGAGUCUUUGUCUAUUUCUUUUGUUAUUUUAAAAAGAAUGUUUUCCUCAUUUUUCCUUUAUUGUUAAGCAAACAAAUUGCAGAUUCUGGCAACAUGGUCAUUGAAUGUUAAAAGAUACAACUCAUUUUUUUAAAACUUCAAAAAUUUCAUUGCCAUAUGUGUGUGUGUGUUUUUAUUUUGAAAAUUUUGUUCUUUUGGCACUUCCGGCCUUGUCAUAUCUCACCGAAAUACUAUACUACUAUUCAGUGUGAUGAUUGUUUUUAUGAUCAAUUCUGCUUGAAUAUUAGUGGAGUUUACAUGAGCAGAGAUAGUCUUAAGGCUGUGAACUAUUGUAAAAUACUUUAUUUUCUAGUUUUCACUAUCAAUAUUGGCUGCCUGUUAUAAUGUGCUUGUGGACUGGUGCUAAAUAAACAGAGAGAAGUGCAUUUGUUUUUAGCAUGGAUCAGUAAACUGAACUUUAUUAUGUGGUAGUAUUGCAAUUUGCCCUCUGAUAUCUGUGGAAAGCUAUCAAUGUGAUUUGUCACAUACCUGAAUUCAUCCGACCACAGUUGAGUUUUGUAGUACAGUUCACUAAUAUGCAUUCCAUGCAUAUAUUGUAAAUAUAUAAUUUAUCAUAAUUAGUGAGGUUACUAUUAGGUGGAUUAGUAUGCUCUGACUUGUAGCUGAACCAUCUCAAUAGUAUCUCUCAUAAUUAGAGUACAGGUAUGGGUUCUUUUUUAUUAUUAUUUUUUUCAUACCGACCUAUUAGCCUCUCUAGAGGUACUUUCUCUAAUACAUUAAUAAUGCGUCAUUCUAUAGCUGGGGCCAACUGGCAAAGCAAUUGAGAUAUGUUUACCCAGUUGUGUAUAGGACUUAAUAAUUAAUAGUUGAAACAAUUAACAUGAAAGAAAUUAGGUUUCAACUCAUUACUUGGCGUCAGGCCUGAAAAUUGGCUGGCGGAUCUUAUUUCAAGUUUUGUGGUGCCCAGUUGUACUCAUUAUUUACUAGUUAGUAAAUCAUGAUCAAAUGGCAAACCUGUAUCAUUGAUUGAUACAAGGUUCUCUGUUUGUGCCCAUAAUCUACUUGGUCUUGUUCAUUUUAGCCAGUGAAAAAAGAAGAAAAAGGUGUUGUUUGCUAUUUUUAUAGUAGUUCCCAUCUAGUUGGUAGUAAUUUUUAGACUAUAUACUGUGCCUUUAUGUUCUAUAGUUGUUAAACUUACCCUGCAAUUCAUAAUUGUUUUGGUUUUUGUUUUCUCGCUCCAUAUUCCGAAUAUUGGUUGCUUGCAUUUGCAUUUUGUUCUUCCAUGAUUAUUUCCAUUUGGGAUAUUUUAUUAAACUGGUCCACUUUAAGCUGCAUUAUGUUUAUGCCUAAUGAAAGUGCGGAAAGUCUGCUCAUAAUGCAAUAAUUUUUUAUUAUUUAUAUAUUUAGAAAAUUAUCAAUAUGAUCCUUGGAAGGUAGGAUUUGGUGUGUUUGGGUGGUUGGGGCCAUUACCUUUAAUGUAGUUCCUUUUUUGGGGUGUUACCAUUUCUUCUUGCCCUUAUUUUGUGUUAGCCUAAAGAACAUAUAAGUGCCUUCAAUUGACAAUAAUUGUGAGCAUAUACUGUUCAUUGGGUUUGCGCAACUGCCUUCUUUUUAUCAAGUUUCUAGUGCUUCUUAUAUGUUUUGAAUUGGUUUUGUACUACUUAUGCUUUGCCUUCUUUGUAUAGUUGAUUAACUUGAGUAUUUCUGUUG